UAAAGUGAGCACAUUUGAAAUCAUGGUUUAUCUUGCCCAAAGCCUAAGAAUACAGUUCCAGAUUUAGAAUGCAGGCCUUGUGCAUGUGAAAAUUCUACGGUCCCACCCAAGGCGUGUGAGACUAUGCUUAUAGUGCAGUGUUCAUCACAUCAUCCAAGAAUGCCACAAGACACACAACCUCCACCAGUGCUGCUGUUCUACAUUGGGACAAAAGACAUGCAACAGUGCCAACUAAACAUCUUAUAAUAAUUGAUGCAGAAUCAAAUUUUAUUUAGAAGGACAGUACAAGACCAGUCUUCAUAACCUUUGUCAAAGCCUUGGAAUGAACAUGCUUAACAAAACCAGGGACAUGUAAAUGAUCUGAUUCCAUGCAGUAACAAAGAUAGUCAGGCUGUUUGCUUCUUGAUGUAAAGCUCCAGCAGCUUUUUGAAAGCUGCCUCUUGGUCACUCUUCAUGGGGGUCCUAGUCUCUUCAUCCUCUGGCCAGGAGGUUAGCCCUCAGCCAAGCAGCACAAUGGCCGAAUAUAAGGUUAAGACUGCGAAACACGUCAACAAGUCACCUCUGCGGCCAGCCAGCGAGCACUCGAAGGACAGGGCGCAGAAACGGCUGUCUUCAGAGUCGAACGGCACGAGCGACGGGGCCACGGCCGAGCUGACGGCGCUGGAAGAGUCCUUCAGGAGGUUUGCGAUUCACGGGGACACCCGCGCGACCGGGAAGGAAAUGCAUGGGAAGAACUGGUCAAAGCUGUGCAAAGACUGCGGGGUGAUAGAUGGCAAGAACAUCACGCUGACAGACGUCGACAUCGUCUUCAGCAAAGUCAAGAAGAAAUCUUGCCGGACAAUCACAUUUGACCAGUUCAAAGAAGCACUGGGGGAACUUGCGAAGAAGCGCUUUAAAGACAAGUCUGGAGAGGAUGCUGCUGAAGAGGUUUUUAAAAUGAUCGAAGGAAAAUCCCCCAUCAUAUCUGGUGUAACGAAAGCUGUGGCUUCCCCUACUGUGAGCCGGCUGACAGACACAUCCAGGUUCACUGGCUCCCACAAGGAAAGGUUUGACGAAACGGGCAAAGGGAAAGGAAAAGCAGGCCGCGUGGAGCUCGUGGACAAGUCCGGCUACGUCCCCGGGUAUAAACACGCCGGCACUUAUGAUCAGAAGGUGAAAGGAGCAAAACAGAUUUAAUGCGACGAAAACCGCAACAGGGACGUAAUCAAAGAGGAUCGGGCUUUUAUCUUCCCACUCGUGAACAAAAGCCCACGUAGUCGGUUGGGGCAAGAGACUUUCUGAGCUCUAGUGCUUUAUCAAGCAGGAACUGGAAUCAGUUUUACAUCUGCAUAAAAAAAGACAUUUACAGCACACAUUCCUCAAGAUGACGAUAUUACAGCUUCAAAGUCAAAGCUGUAAUUGGUCUGUUCAUCUGUUCCAUCUAGUGAUGUGCUCACCAUCUUUGGAAGAAACAAAAAAAAAUAGUUUUGCUAUUCUCCUGCUAGGACAUGAUGCCACGUAUAAAAGAGCUGUGUGUGAAAAAGAUGCUACAUAUUUGCACUUUGUAACUGCUUUUUCACAUGUGAAUACGUAACCCUUCAGCUAUUCAGGUAAUUUCUUAUGGUAACGCUGAAGAAACUCAAAAUAGUAUAGUAAGGCUCAAUGUUUAAGGCACUGAGGAAACAUGUACCUUUUUUUGUUUCCUUGUCUUUCCCAGCCUGUUUUCUAACUUCUACGUACGGUGUGUGGUGUCUGUACACAUUUGGUGUUUUCUUUUGAAAUUAUUCAAUGUAAUCGAAGACAUCCAGGGACUCAGGGAUACAAAACGUACAGUCCAUGGUCUUCAGAUUGAGCUAUCAUACUGGGGACAAAAUAGCCCAAACUUUAAUUAGGUCACUUAUAUAGUUGAACCUUUAAAGAGGCAAAAUGUCUGUUGGUUCACAUAAUUCAUUUAAAAAAAAUCUACAGCAAUUACCCUUUAGAAAUUCUGAUAAACAAAAAUGUGUAUUGUUCACGUUAACAAAGACCCUAUCGAUGAUUUUUUUUGGUCUUAAAAUUUGGUCUUAGAUCGUCCACUUGCUGUGAACUUAAUGAGAAAAAAUAUUGGUACUGUACCUUAAUGUGAUGUUUGAAAAUGUUUAUUUGGGAAAACAACACCAGCUACCAUUAAAAUAACUCUGUGUCACGCA